UUGGAAGCUCCAACAGCGCUUGCAUCAGCGUCGACGGUGUACGCCGGCAAAGUUAGUUCCAGAGUCGCAUGUCUUCUCUCAGAGAGACAUAAGCAGAGAGACAAGAAACCCAGGACUUAGCUUAGAAAGAAGAGGACCUGUCGCCGGCCCAAUGGAGCUGUUUGUUGGUGAAGGCAACCCGCAUUGUCUGAAGGUGUUAGCUGCACUGGAAGUGACAGGAGUUCAGUGUGGCGUUCAGUUCAUCAACCACGAAGAGAAAGUGGUGCCUUUCCUCAGCCGUCCAGCUUUGCCAGCCCUUCUCCUGCCCAGUAGGCAGCACCUUUUCAGCCCCAACACUAUUUGCAGAUACCUGUUUGAGUUAAAUGGACCAGAAUCCAGUAAUCAGUGCAACCAGUGGCUUGAGUGGGAAGCCACAGUCCUUCAGCCUGUACUGUUCAGGGCUCUUCACAUGGCAGUACUUCAGGGAAAAGGAUCCGAGGUGGCCAAGGUCCUUCAGGGCCCCCUAAAUGUCUUGGACCAAAGUUUGGGGAAGGGCAGCACGGCAUAUUUAACUGGGGAGGCUCUUUCAGUUGCUGAUGUUGUUUUAUGGGGUGCGCUGCAUCCCGUUUUAUCCGACUCCUCUCUAGCAUUGAGUGCUCAUCAGUCUGUGAAGGCUUGGUUUGACCGUGUCGCCGCCGUGCGCGGCUGUCAGUCUGCAGCUCAGAAAGUGCUGCAGGGAAAAGGCCUGGAGGCCAUGAGGAGCUACAUGCAGAAGCAGCCUGCACCUCAGAGCAGCCAGGGCAGAGACGCACAGCCAUGCAACAGCAGCCCUGCCGAGAGUGAGGAGGGGGAUCGUGUUGUUUCAGAGGAGGAGAUGGAAGCAGCGGUUCUCACCUGGGGGAAGGAUUUAAACGCCUGCUCUCAGGCAACAGAAAAACAACAUCCAAUUAUGCCACAAGAGGGCAAGCGGAACGUCCUCAUCACCAGCGCCUUGCCUUACGUCAACAACGUUCCCCACCUGGGUAACAUCAUUGGCUGCGUCCUCAGCGCGGAUGUCUUUUCCAGAUACGGCCGCCUGCGAGGGUGGAAUGCGUUGUUUGUCUGCGGCACGGAUGAGUACGGCACAGCCACCGAGAACAAGGCCAGAGAGGAGGGCCUGACGCCCAAGCAGAUAUGCGACAAGUACCACGCCGUUCACUCCAGCAUCUACAAAUGGUUUCAGAUCGACUUUGACUUCUUCGGGAGAACCACCACGGAGAAGCAGACGGAGAUCGCUCAGGAUAUUUUCUGGCGACUCCAGAAGAACGGGUUCCUUGUAGAAGACACGGUGGAGCAGCUUCGCUGUGAAAGCUGCCAGCGCUUCCUGGCUGACCGCUUCGUCGAAGGCACAUGUCCCCACUGCAGCUAUCCAGAGGCUCGCGGUGAUCAGUGUGACAAGUGUGGGCGCCUCAUCAACGCCGUGGAGCUCAGGGAACCUCAGUGUAAAGUCUGCAGGCAGACUCCAGUAAUCCGCUCCUCCAAACAUCUCUUCUUGGACCUGCCAAAGCUGGAAAGUCAGUUGGAGCAGUGGCUGGAGAAGUCUACCAGCUCAGGAGACUGGACAGCAAACGCCAAACAGAUCACUCGCUCCUGGCUAAGAGAUGGACUGAAGCCGCGCUGUAUCACCAGGGACCUGCUCUGGGGAACGCCAGUACCUCACCCUGACUUCAAAGAGAAGGUGUUCUAUGUGUGGUUUGAUGCCCCUAUUGGUUAUCUGUCCAUUACUGCCAACUACACCAACCAAUGGGAAAAGUGGUGGAAAAAUCCUCAUCAGGUGGAGCUGUACAACUUCAUGGCGAAGGACAAUGUGCCGUUCCACAGCGUGGUGUUUCCCUGCUCCCUACUGGGAGCCCAGGACAACUACACUCUGGUCAACCACCUAGUCGCCACUGAAUAUCUGAAUUACGAGGACACAAAGUUCUCCAAGAGCCGUGGUAUCGGCGUGUUCGGUGACAUGGCGAAGGACACGGGCAUCCCCUCGGAUGUAUGGCGGUUCUACCUCCUGUACGUGCGUCCAGAAGGACAAGAUUCAGCUUUUUCCUGGGCGGACAUGGCUCUAAAGAACAACUCUGAGCUGCUCAACAAUCUGGGAAACUUCAUCAACAGAGCUGGUAUGUUUGUGACCAAGUUCUUUGAAGGAUGUGUGCCUGUGAUGGAGCUACAGCAGGAGGAUAAGAAGCUCCUGGCCGUGGUGGGCUGGGAGCUGCAGCAAUACAUCCAGCUUAUGGACAAAGUCAAGAUCCGCGAUGCCCUGAAACACAUCCUGAACAUUUCUCGCCAUGGUAACCAAUACAUUCAAGUCAACGAGCCCUGGAAGAAAAUAAAGGGCGGGGAGUCAGAAAGGCGGCGCGCCGGCACGGUGACGGGUGUCUCGGUGAACAUCGCCUGCUUGCUGUCGGUGAUGCUGCUGCCUUACAUGCCAGCGGUCAGCCAGACCAUCAGGGACCAGCUCAACGCGCCUCAGUCUUGCGUCAACGCCAUGCUGCAAGGCCCCGGCACCUUCGCGUGCGCCCUGAGAGCGGGCCACCGCAUCGGCGCCGUCAGUCCGUUAUUCCAGAAACUGGAGGCGGAUCAGAUCGAGGCUUUGAAGAAGAGGUUUGGCGGACAGCAGCCUGAAGACGAGCCAUCUAAUAAGAAGGUUCAGAUUGGCGCCAGCACCCAGCCCGCUGCUGUUCCCGCUCCCGCCGCCGUCGCCCAGGUCCAGGCGGCGGUCGGAUCGGACCCGGAGAAAGCCAAGCAGCUCGCCAAAGCCGUAGCCGAGCAGGGCGAGAAGGUUCGAGCGCUCAAAUCUCAGAAAGCAGAGAAGGCUGUAAUCGCAGGAGAGGUGGCAAAACUUUUAGACCUUAAGAAACAACUGGCUCUUGCUGAAGGGAAGAACCCUGAGCCUGCAACUCAGAAGGGCAAGAAGAAGUGAGGGAGGAAAAAUGGGAAGAAAAAAAAGGAAAGCAAAAUAAAGGUUAGUCAGAGGAAGGGAAGGCAAGAGUGGAGAAUGGAAACAAGAUGUACAGAUGAAGGCAUUAGCUUAAGGCGAAGCCGUGACGGGAUCUAAGACAAUGUGGUGUUGGCACCGAGGACUAAUGAAAUGCUGGAUUGGCCGACGGGGAAAUGAAAACACACAAAGAGACAGUCAAAUGAAGACAGAUACAGAAAAGAGGGAUUUCUCCAAAUCCCCACACCAAAAGAAACUGAUUUUAUACUCUCCCUGUGUUACAGUCAGCAUAUGAUAUUAGCAUUUGGAAGCUGCAUCACUAUGUCUGAAGAUGGUUUUUAUAUCCUCUGGAAUUUUUUUUUUCUUUUUGCUACAAAUACCUAUUUGGAUCCAUAAAAUAAACUGAUUAAGCAAAAAAAAAAAAAAUACUUUUGGUUACCUUAGUUUGUGCUUUUCCUAUUCAAACGAAAUAAGGUUUAGAAAAAAAGAACACAAGUAUAUUUUUAAAUUUUUAUUGCAUAAUUUCAACUACAGUAAAGAAAAAAAAAACAAUCAUUUGAUGCCAUGAGUGACAAGAUCCAUGCAUAUUUAAUAACGUUGUUUUUUUUAACUACAAUGAGAAAUAAACCGUAUGUUGGAAUAAUACAGCACAAGCCAUAACAGUACAAUUGUAUUUACGUGUAUAUUACAGUUCAUAUAAAAAUAGUAAAUCCGGUUAGAGGAACUUUUAACAAUUCUGCCACAGGUUCCCAUAAUAGAAAAGGUCAGCAUGAAAAGUAUAAGCAGGUUACUUGUUUUAUCUAAAUACAGGAACAAACUAGCCAUUGGUUAUACAAAAGGUUUUGUUUUUUUUUUUGCUUUUUUUUUUUUAAAAAGGUAUGAAUUUCCUUUUUAAAAACCACAACAACAAACUUUCAUACUCACACUGCACUGGGCACUUUCAAAACUUUCCUGAGCUCCGAAACUCUCCAAAAAUUUGGGGCAAAUAAUCUCUGUGAGCCUGAUUGUAGCCCUUAAAAGUUGGGAGUCACAGUUUAUUGCAAUACGGUGGGAAUAAGGUGACACUGAUGUUCUCUCCAGCUAAAACACCUCUAAGUUAUACAGACAAAUCAGCACCUGUUCCAUUCACGUUUCUUCCAUUUCAUGGAACUUAUUUUGCAUUCCUUAAAGUGACAUUCAUUGAAUCCGCUGCAUGAUUUGCACUUCAAGCUUUCUUUCCUCAUUCACACAUGCCGUUUCUUUUGAUUUGCCGCAAUGCUGCUGCAGCCCAUUCUCGCUGUACCCUCUAGUCUUGACUUUCAUUACUUUCCUCACUUAUCUUUUC